CCAGAGAUUGAUCAAGGACUACUCGAAAUUAAAGCAGCAGCACGCGAUCCUGGUGUACGUGCCAAAAUUGCGGUGUAUGCCCAUGACAAAAGAAUAGAUCCAAUUGGCACCUGUGUUGGUGUGCGUGGUACACGCAUCACAGCGGUGCGUAAUGAGCUUGGGAACGAGGCAAUUGACAUUGUGUUGUGGUCUGAAGAUCCGGCACAAAUGGCGAUUCAGUCAUUGGCACCAGCAGUGGUGAAGUCUAUCGUGGUCGAUGAAGAUAAUCAUAGUAUGGACGUGGUGGUUGAUGACAGUGAACUAGCCAUUGCGAUUGGACGAGGUGGUCAGAAUGUGCGCUUGGCAAGCGAAUUAACAGGUUGGCAAAUUAAUAUCAUUACCCCUGAAGAAUCUGAGAAACGUCAAGAAGCCGAAAGUGGUGCAACGAGGGCUUUAUUUGUUGAUAAGCUUGAUAUUGAUGAAGAUGUUGCUGAUAUAUUGAUAGCUGAAGGGUUUGCUAGCCUUGAAGAGGUUGCUUACGUACCGCUUGAAGAAAUGUUGGAAAUCGAAGAGUUUGAUGAAGAUAUCGUUAACGAGUUGCGCAAUCGUGCACGCAACGCCCUAUUAACGAUUGAAAUUGCCCGUGAAGAAAACAUCGAGGCAGUAUCACAAGAUAUUCGUGAUAUUCAAGCAUUAACACCAACGAUGAUUGCCGACUUGGCACAAGCAGGUGUUAAUACAUUAGAUGAUCUGGCUGAGUUAGCGAUUGAUGAGUUACAAACGAUUAUUCCUGCGCUAGAUGAA